AUGUUGAGUGCGACAACCUCGUCGUUUAGUCAGCAGCAGCAGGAUCAUAUGUUGGAAAAACAUGAUCCUCGGGCGACGUCGUCCAGGGAGGGCAUUCACGGAACAAGCAUGUCGAGACGACGGCUCGGCCUCGGUACCGCCGCGUGUUUGGUCCUUCUCUUACUGCAGAUCGUGCUUACGCGGAUUCUGCUUGCUGCGGUGCAGGUAACAGAUGGUGGAGGAGCAGUCGUGUGUGUCAAGACACAGCAUCAUUCGGGGACAGGUGCACGACCACAGGGAGUAGAACCAGCAGGAACAUCUUCCCCAUUGGCGCCUGUCCCCGGGGACAGGGAAAAGAAUCAAAGCACUAAUAAAGGAGAAUCUUUACAAAAAAUGCCGAAGAACGGAGUAGUCCUCUCCUGCGGGAAUGGUGCGCCAACCCUGGAAGCCGGACCGGGGGGGCGAUUCUCAUCAGAGGAGCUGGACAAGUUUGACUUGGAAGACCCUCGAGUGAGUCGGCUUCAACUAGUCGACGCCGUGAAGCGGUUCCGAAAACGCGUGAAGCAGCUUUAUUCCAAUAAAAAAUCCACGACCCUCCCCACGCUCAAACGGAGAUUUGUGUACCAUGAUUUGUGAUCACAAGUCACCGAUUGAUUGUCAUAUGCUACAAGGGAAGUACAAGUAGAGACGCGAACUGUACUAGUAACGCUGGCUGGCGUGGGCGGUACUAAGCCUUGCGUCCUCACCAGCAUGAACAGAAGCAACUGGAACGACGGGAAACAGCAUGACAAGAUGCCUGCAAACGGGGCCGCAGCUGUGUGGUCUGUUAGCCCUCUAGCAAUAUUACAAGGCAAUCCUCCUACGCAAGUCCAGCAUCACGAAUUUCCUUUUCGAUAUGGGGAGGGAGAAUUUCUCCUCGCAAUAAGCCCGACGAGAUGAACGCACAGCUGACUGCGCAGGUCUUGCAAGCAACAGAAACGCAGCAAAUAACAGGCGGCGCUGCCUCGUCCAGCACCUCGUAUCAACUGCAAAUAUGAUCCCUGGACGAUGUCUGGAAGGAUGCAAGGUUUGUCAUGCGAGGCUACCACAGCUUCCAACUCUGUAAUGCGCGUUAAGUUAUAUCCCAAAAGCCACAUUUCUCUGCAAUACAGCGACGCAGUUUGUGAUGCAAAGACAGCACAACAAUACUUACAGUAACUGAAAAACAACUUGUCAUGCUUGGCUGUCAAUGGAGGCGCCCGCAUGAUUUUUCGCCAAGCAGCAUCAUAAGUUUCCAGACAUCCAGGGAUAAUUGAAGUGGAUAAGUCGGCGGGAGGUACGACUUCUACCAGUACUAGCGCGGGCUCUAUCGAGAGGAAAAAAUCUGCCCUCCCCAUAUCGAAGCAGAAGUUUAUUGUAGUGCUGUAUGAUCUAUUGCGUACACAAAGAAAGCGACUUGUAUUGCCAGGAGGCCAAGACUACACGCGGUUGCGGCUUUGUCUGCAGACAUAUGUUCUCGCGCAGUUUCCCGUCGUUCCAGAUGCUGCGUGUCAACAUGCUGAAGACGCAAGGCUUGAUGUUACCAACGCCAGACGCAGUCCGUUGUUACAACGCACGGCGUUGUGGUGUCGCAGCGCCAAGCCCAAGGCCGGGGGGCAAAGUUGCCACAAAAUCGAUUUUGUGCCCCCCGCAGCGCGAGCGGCAGCGCCAGGUCUAAGGCCGCGGGGCAAAAUUGCCGGGAAAUCGAUUCUAUGCCCCUCUUGGCAAGGGCGGCGCCGCAGCCCCGCAGCGCCAGGCCGGAAGGCGCCGGGGGGAAUUGCCGGAGAGCCGACCGACUGCUCGGUCGCCUUCUGAGCAAAGGCGGCGUAGCGGUGUCGCACAGCCGGCCCCUAGGCCGCGCGGCAAAAUUGCCAGGAAAUCGAUUUUGUAUGUCUUUUAGCAAGAGCGGCGCUGCGGAACCGCAACGCCGCUCGCGCUAGUAGGCAUACAAAAUCGAUUUUCGGGCAAUUUUGCCGCGCGACCUUGACGAAACGAGGCCGGCGCGCCGGGAAUUUUGCCCCGCUGCCCCAGGGCUGGGAUUGCUGGCGCUGUCACGCUGCAGCAUCCCGCUUGUCAAGAGGGGCACAGGUUCGGUUUUCCGGCAAUCUUGCCUCGCGCCUGCCUGGCGCUGCGACACUGUGGCGCGGCUGUUGCUAAGAGCGGCACAUAAUCGAUUUCCCGGCAGUUUUAUUCUGCCCCGCGGACUUAGGCCUGGCACUGCGGCUAAGGCGGGAACAGAUUCGGUCUUCCGGCACUUUUAUUCUGCCCCGCGGCCUUAGACCUGGCGCUGCCUGCAACGAAGACGGGCACAGAGUCGAUCUCCCGGCGAUUUUGCUUUGUGGCCUUGUGCCUGUUGCUGCGCCACCGCAAGGCAGUAGUUGCACUGCCCCGCGGCCUCAGGCCUGGCGCUGCGAGUAAGAAGGGCACAGAGGCGAUUUUCCGGCAAUUUUGACUCGCGGCCUUGGCUUGGCGCAGCGACGCUAAAAGCCAGCUCUCUCUAAGAUGCGCACAGACAAAACCGCCCCGCCGGCUGAUUUUGCUUGCUUGUCGAAGUUGGGUCGCUGGUCGAAUCAUCAUGGCGAUUCUAUCGCCAAAACCUCGCACACUUCCACAAGAAUUCGGCGCAUAUUAUGUAGGUAUUUGGACACCCAAAGGCGUGGCAUUUGGGUACUCAAAUACAGUAGCAGACUUCGAGCGAAGUGAUGAUGCAGGGGUUGUAUAACUGAGUAACAACAUGCUGAAGACGCAAGGCUUGUUGUUCCCAACGCCAGUCGGCACUACGGUCCGCAUGAUCUCUACUUCCCUUCUUGUAGCUGCAUGACCACGUAAAUAUUUAAAAUUUGUGAUCACAAAUCACAAGACACAUCAAAUCUCCGUUUGAGUACUAUGCUGGGGACAACGAGGGCGGAUUUUUCAUUGGAAUAGGCUCAAACUCUUCAAAAACGUUACUGCUCGGCGGGAAAAAGGGCGGAGGUGGCCUGGCGAAGCAGAAAGGCGCGGCUCCAUGCGGCGGCAAUAAAACAGAUCAGUUUCUAAGACCGUCUGCGAUUCCGGACAAAUCAGUAGCACCAUGCGCAACGGCGUGGGAAAGAGUGGCGCCGUCACGGGACGCCGGCUUUGAAAAUGGCACGAGGUACGCGGGCCCUUGCGACGUCGCAGCGGUGGACGGCAACAUCACGAAAAAGUAUGAUGUGUGGCGGUGCCCAGAAACCGCGACGCGUGGGCACUUUUUCGUCCGAAACCUGCGGUGUCAGGAAGGAAACGUGACUUUUUCCAAUGAUGCCGCCUACGUGCAGCGUGUCAAGAAGCUGGUUGGGUCCGACGAGUUCGAGUUCUACCUGUUGGGACCGGAGCUUCACGCACUAACGGAUAUCCUGAGUAAAAAUGUCCCCACACCAGAUUCAAGAUGGGAAAUCCGGUAGACAAAUCAGCCACCUCUGGUUGUUUCGCAUGACAAGUUUAUCUCCGUAGUGUAAUCCUGUUUAGCUAGUUGCGAAGCAUUACAGAUGUAGCACAUCGUGCUGAUUCUAGCAUUGCAAACUCCAAAACAGGACCAGAAAAUGGCUCUCUUGGGGCUCCGCAUGAGAAACCUUUUUGGCAUGCAGGUUUGCAUGACAAAUCUGGGGUGGGGACAUUUUUGCUCAGGAUAACGGACCCCUCGGGUUUUCGAGUCCUCGGGGACUGCCAGUACCAGCUGCUGUACAACGUGACGACGCCGGGACGCUACCGCGCCGAACUGUGGAUGCAGCGGGAGCGGUGGAGGGGAAUCAGCGAAGCGGAGCCGAGAAAGUGGAUAGCAGGGAACAACGACGACGUUCUAGGCUCGCAGGUGUUCAUAGACUUGGGAACAAGUGGAGCCGCCGCGGAGGGGGGCGCAAGCACAACCAGUACAACUGGAGCUGCUGACGUCCUCGCUGCCGGAACCGCUCAACAGCAACUUCCUCGGUGCGACUUGAAGAAAAAUCCGGGUGACUUCGGGUUUGGCCGUAUCCUGUGGAAAUAAAACGGGGCCCACGACACCCCAGAGUUGUCAUGCAGAUUUCUGAUAAUUCCAGGAUAGAGCGCAUAACCGUCCCCAUCGUCUACUUCAGUAGAGGCAUUAUUAUUUCAAAUCGUGUACGAACUUUUGACAUUUGUAAUGCUGAAAACAGGAUGAGGAGCUGCAGGUGACAUUUGUAAUGCGUCCACGGCUGUGGUCCUUGCUAGAAGUACUAACCUGCUGAACUACAGUACAGAGAGAAAUUUGUCAUGCCUGCGCCCAAAACCUCUGGAUCUGUGUUGCAGCAUCGUGCCCAUCUUGAUUCUGGGGUGUGGGCGGCCCCUGAUCUUUGCUCAGGAUAGGCCGCUGGGUUUUUCGCGGCAACGGCACCGCGGGAGACGCGAAGCUGGCUAUCCCACAGAAAAAAGCAGGUAGGGCAUUUUCAUAUAUGCAAAAAUAGGUACGCAGAAAAAUCUGCCAUGGGCAACCCCAUAGCAUGCUGUUUAGGACAUGCAGUGCAGAUUUUUUUGUGGAUUCAUUUUUGCAUUACAAAUCUGACCUGCCUGCAUUUUUCUGUGCGAAGCUGGCCGCGUACCGCCCAGAAAUGGUGGCCCGCGAGAAUUUAUCCAUUGCAAAUAUGUCUGGGUCUGGUAGAGUGCACGAGGACAAAUAAAUGCUUAUUUGCCUAGUAAGAAAUGGGCCGCUUUUGGCGCGGAUGCAUCCAAAAAUUUUUCCUAUUCCAGAAUCUGCAUCACAAGUUGCAAAACCCUUCCAAACCCAGAUCGUCGAUAUUUGCACUGCAUAGAAUUUGGGAACCUUCAAGGAUCACUACGUGUGGGAGCCGCGCAACUGCCACCUGCCGUACUUGCCUGGGGACCGCGCCGCGCAUAUCCUGGGUAAAAACGUCCCCACACCUGAGUCAAGAUGGGAAAUCUACAACACAGGCCCCCAAGUUUUGAGAGUCCUGCAUGAGAAGUUCUCAUCUGCAGUGUAGUGCUGGUUAGCAAGCAAAGGCGCAUGAAAUGAAAGCCAUUUUCUCAUCGUGUUUACAGCAUUACAAAUGCAAAAACACGAGUGCAAAUGCCUCUCUUGGAAAUGCGCAUUACAAAUGUUCCUGUCAUUGCGCAUUUGCAUGACAACUCUGGGGUGGGGACGUUUUUACACAGGAUAGCGCAGUGCCUGCAGGGCAAGGGCAUCCUGGUGGUGGGAGACUCACACGCGCGCACGCUCUACAACGCCCUCGUCAGCCACGUUUGCGGGCCCAAGGGGCCUCUAGGUGGGUGGCACUCGAAUUCGUGCCUCGAAGGCAAUGGCCUCCCGGACCGUUGCAAAAACAUCAAGCUGUGCGUGCAGCACGACGUGUUCAACACCCAGCUGGCACAGACGCCCGAGAAGUCCAAUCUUCAGAACUUUUAUCGGAAGGAAAAGUCCCCCCUCCCCAUAUUGCAAAGGUAUGUUUCCGAAAAUUUGCGUUGCUGAUUUGAGGUCACAAAUCACAUUUGUCUUGCAAGAAGACAAGGGCAGAAGCUUUCGCCCCAUUAUGGAAGCGAUUCGCCAUGCUGUUGGACCUAAAGAGACGCCGUUUGCCAUGCUGAACAACUAGACCCAGACGCCCCUACCUAGCCUGGGGAUCUGGCCGCAAUGCCUCUCUGCAAUACACAGCUGAUUCGUGUACACAAAUCCAGCGUCAGAAAUUCCGUCUUGAUAUGGGGAGGGGGGAUUUUUCAUUUUGAUAACUUUGACCUGGUCAUUGCCGGGAUGGGCCAGCACUCCUCUGCGGGUAACUCCCGCUGGAAAAUUACCCCAGAGAAAAAGCCUGGCAGGGCAUUGCUAUCUACUAUGUUCAUGCGAAAAAAGAGGUCUACAGAGGCAGAGGUGGCGGGGAGGUCAAAAAGAGGUCGACAGAGAUGGAGAGAAUAUAUAGCAAUGCCCUCGGCAGCUUUUUUCUGUGUGAUAAAAACAGCGAAGUACGUGGAGACAGUUUCGGCUCUAUCAAAAGGAAAAAUCCCCCGUCCCCAUAUCGAAAAGGAAAUCUGUGAUGCUGGAUUUGCGUUGUACACAUAUCACAUCUGUCUUGCAAUAGAGGACUGCAGGCAUACGCCAACCCUGGGCAGCGAGGUUUUCACAUAGGCGCCUAGCAUUUUUACAAAUGUCCACACUGUAGACCCACCAGCAUCUUCACAAACCGCCUGCAUAAUGCGGCGUAGCCUGCUGUGGGGUUGCCUUCUUGCAACACAGGGACGAUUUGUGCCCACAAAUCAGCAGCGCAGAUUUCCCGCGGCUUCCUUUUCGAUAUGGGGAGGGGGGUUUUUUGCUUGCGAUAGGCCCGGGGUGCGGGUUUUGCGGCGGCGGUGAAAAAGUUCGGCAAGCCGAUUUACUGGCACGAUUUGAACGACUUUCCGUUUCGCAACGACGGGUUCGUCCGCGGCUUCCAGGAUCGCCGUGGCCACUCUUUCAUGCGGCUCUGGAACACGUACGCCGCCGAGGAAAUGGACAAAAGACAUAUUCCGGUUCUACCCGCGUUUCCUAGCAGCCAAGCCUGGCAGCGCCAGACCGAUGCCCACAUGCCACUGCCAGUUCUUCAGGCGAGCGUGGCACAGUUUAUCUGGAACGUCCUUGGCUGUAGUACGUAGUUGGAGCUAUCCUCCAUUCAAAAGCUCCACCCCAGAGCGGCCGUAUAACCUGCAAAUAUCGAUCUGGGUCUGGAAGGUUGGAACUUGUAUGUAAUGCUGGUUUUUUUACCUUGUUCCUGUGAAUAAAUCUGUGGGCAUCGACCUGCACGGGCUCCAUGUGUGCCGGAAGUAGCAGUGCAGCUACUGUGUGAGAUGAGUUUUUUCUGCUCUCCCCGAUAGAGAAAAGUGAAAUGAAGGAAAAGCAGCCAGCGGAAGGAUCAUGACAAGCAUGACGAGCAACCUUUUUGCCGCCCCCUUUUUUAGAAGUGCAACUUACAACUCCCUUGCGAGCAUUAACACAAAUAGCGCUCUCCGACCAAGAAUGUAAAGUAGUGCAGUUGCACCAGCGUGCAUAAACUUAGCCAAUCAGAUUACGCGGAGAUCAGAUGUUCUAAAAUGAAACUAAACUAUGCUGGUGCGGCGCGCUGAAGCGCGCCCCUAGUAAACUUCCU